GCCAAAUUCUGACGGUUGCCUGUAAUCGCAUGUCGUCUCGUGCCUCGUAACGAUAGCAGGUACAUACAAGAAACAAUUACAUCGUCAUAGAUCUUAGUCAUAGUUUUCCGCGAUAUUUGGAUUUGACUUCGCGAUGGCAGCGAAAAAUGUGAAGAGACCGAAGAAAAAAGGCGGUUAUUUAAUGCCCGAUCCAAUAUCGGCCGGAGAGAUUCUCACGGAUAUAUCCAAAGGCCAGUGGAUCCUUGGUAAAUCGAUUGGCGUCGGAGGUUUUGGAGAGGUUUACUCUGCGGCACCUUAUUCUGGAAAACUCCCCAAAGAUUAUUCUAAUGUUAUAAAAAUCGAACCACAUGGAAAUGGCCCAUUAUUCGUAGAAAUGCAUUUUUAUAUGAGAAACUGUAAACCAGAUGAGAUUGAUAGUUGGCAGAGAAAAAAGAAACUUGUUGCACUUGGAAUGCCUAAAUAUAUUGCAUCUGGAAGUCACGAAUAUAAAAAUAUGAAAUAUCGGUUUUUGGUAAUAAAUCGGUAUGGAAAGGAUUUAUGGAAAGUAUUUGAGGAAAAUAAUAAACACUUUCCAGAACACAUAGUAUAUAAACUAGCUUUGCAAAUAAUAGAUAUAUUGGAAUAUAUUCAUCACAAGAACUAUGUCCAUGCUGAUAUUAAAGGUGAAAAUUUGCUACUAGAUUUAAAUUCUUAUGAUCAAAUCUACUUGGUCGACUUUGGUUUAGCAUCUCGCUGUACAACAAGCAUUGAAUUAAAAAAAGAUCCUAAAAAGGCACAUAAUGGUACUUUAUGGUACACAAGUAGAGAUGCCCAUAUGGGAGUACCAACACAGCGUGGUGAUUUUGAAAUCUUGUAUUAUAAUAUGAUUCUGUGGUUAUGUGGUUCACUACCAUGGGAAAAAUUACUUGAUCCAGUUAUUGUUCAAAAAGAGAAAGAAAAAGCUUUCAAAAAUAUAGACAAUUUUCUAGAAAAGUGUUUUCAUGGAUCAAUUCCACAGGCUAUGCAUAAAUUUAUGACUUUAUUGGCUAGUGUUAAAUUUAAUGAAAUGCCACCUUAUGAAAAAUUUAAAGAAAUAUUAAUAGCUGAUUUAAAGAAAUUAGGUUAUAAAUCAGAUGGUAAAUUAAGAUUAAAUACUAUCAGUACAUCGAUUGAAAAUCCUUCUAAAUCUACUCCACAAAAAAUAAAAAAAUCUGCAAAUGGAGUCAGAAAAAGUCCUCGUAUGAAACAUAUGGAGUCUGUGAAUCCUAUGAGAAAUCCAAGAGAAAGUACUAUAGGUGUUGUAAUUGAUAAAAAACGUUGUAAUAGAAGAGAUAUUGAGAAAGCAUUAAAUGAUAUGGAUUCUGAUGAUGAAUAUGAUAUCCAAAUUCUUAAAAAAGCAAAAAAGAUAAAAUCCAGUAAAAAAAUUAAUAAAAUUACGGAUGAAAUAGUUCCAUUAUAUAAUAAAGCAGAGGAUCAAAAUAAUUGCAAGGAUGAUUCUGGAGAUGAUUCUGAAAUUGUGCCUUUAUCAAAACGUCUAAAUAAAACGCGACGGAGAAAGCCAGCUGUAAAUAAAACAAAACGAAAGAUUAAGUUGGAUGAUUCGGAAACCACUUCUGAAACUGAGGUUGUAUCAAAAGGAACAAAGUCAAGACCUGCUACUACCUUUAGGGAUAAAGUAACUACGAAUAGAUUGCAUUCAAAUAAAGCAAUAUCCAAAGUUGAUACUGAAAUUGAAUCUGAUGAAGAUAUAUUUGAUACUUAGUCUCAUGGACAAUAUUAUAAUUGUGAUAUUUAUACUACAAAAAAUAUCUGUAAUUAUGUAUCUUGCAUUUUAUUAUAUAUAUUUUUGUACAUCGUCUUUUAUGCUAUACUUGACAUUAAUCACAGCAUUAUUUACUACAGGUUGAUCAUGUUACAAGAUUAAUUCAAAUUUCUCUUGUGUAAAUAUAUGAGUAACUUUCAAAUAUGAAUACAGUUUAAGUUAAACUUGUUAU